AGGGUUUCAGUCUGCGGGUGAGAGCCCGCUUAAAUCUGUCAUAUUCAACGAUCUGCAUCGAUUGGGCCCACGUCCGGGAGGCGAGGCCGUUCCUGACACGGGAUGUUCACUUCUCGGCUCCGCGUAGCCGCAUCUGCCGGACUCGUGGGGCUCAUGGCCGGAGCCGCGGCUACGGAAUGUUUCCGGAACUCUCCGCGAGUGGAAGCGGCAACACUCAUACCUCUGCAAUCGACAGCCGUCGAGCACAGACCCAGCGAGAUCAUGAAACACGGUUUCCCCGGUAUGGACAAUGUACGCUUCUUCUCCGACUACGUUUUGUCAUAUGACAAACGGAAUCGAACCGCACACUGGGUCAUGGAGCGACUCACGGCUGAGAGUAUCAGAAGGAGCGACGCUGUCAAACGAGAGAAUUGUGAAUUCCGGGAAGAUCCCUCGAUACAUCCGUACUUCCGAUCUUCGAAUGCUGACUAUAAACGGUCCGGCUUCGAUAGAGGACAUCUAGCCGCCGCUGGAAACCAUAGAUUAUCCCAGCAGCAUUGCGAUGAAACUUUCUUCCUGUCCAAUAUGUCCCCGCAAGUCGGCAAAGGUUUCAAUCGAGAUUCCUGGAAUCGUCUGGAGAACCACAUGCGCCAGCUCACCAGAAACUAUAAAAAUGUUUACGUUUGCACCGGACCCCUCUACUUGCCAAGGCGAGAGGCGGAUGGCAAUAGCUACGUUCACUAUAGAGUGAUAGGGAACAACAAUGUAGCUGUUCCCACGCAUUUCUUCAAAGUUGCGAUCUGCGAAACGAGCGCCGGUGAGCUGGACAUGGAAGCCUACGUCAUGCCGAACGCUGUGAUAGAUGACGCGACCCCUCUGCAAGCCUUCCAGGUCCCUCUCGAUACAAUCGAACGAUCCGCUGGGUUGCUGCUAUUUGAAAGAGUGGAAAACUUACGUUCCCUCAACGGUCGCGCCCCGCCGAAGAUGCUAAGACCAAAGCUAGCAUAAAUAAUUCUGGUGUCAUAAAAAAUUGAAAAUCCCGAUUGGAGUGUCGAAUCGCUCCAUGAUGACUGUUUGUGUGUCUCUGAGUGAUUUCAUGAAAAUCGAGAAGAUGACCGAAUAAAUGCCUCCGGAGACAUAAAGAAAGCUCGGGAGAAAUGGAGACUUGCGCAUAGCUCGGAGAGCUCCCGGAAUCCCAAGAUUGUCACCCCUGCUAAGAAGGCUAACACU